UUGUCUUUCUGUUUACAUUGGCCUGUUGUGUGCGGCCAUCGGAUGAUCGGUACGCAGCUGCUAUAUGUUACUAAUUACCUACUAAAUAAAUAGUUUAAGUAGUUUUUGUAGAAUUUUGAUUGAUCAAUAGACUUAAGAUGAUGGAGGAAGUUGACGGAACUCUCAGAGUUCAGCAAAUUAUCGCUCAAGCUGAUCGCGAGCUUAAAUCUACUCAAGUGGAUAAAGAUAUACCACUGGAGACGGAUCCUGGUAAUUUGUCAGUCGUCGACAUCAACUAUUUUGACGAGUCUUGUAUGAGAAAUGUUGAAGAGAGGGAAGACAUUUUGGCAAGCAUUGGCCGUGACAGUGUCCAGCAACUUAUCAGUCACAUGUAUAGUCUGCAGCGAACUACUAUUGACAAUCAGCCCUUCAUUAUUGUGCCAAAUUCAGUUACAAAAUUGCCUAGAGAGAAACCAAUUCCUAAGCCAAAGCCUUUAACAAGAUGGGAGAAAUUUGCACUGGAGAAGGGAAUCAAAUCAAAGAAGGGAAGGGACUUCAAAGUGUGGGAUGAUGUUGCACAGGAAUUCGUCCCACGCUACGGCAAACUUCGAGUACAGCUUGACAAGGAGAAGAACUGGGUGAUGGAGGUGCCUGAUAACGCUGAUCCAUACGAGGAUCAGUUUGCUAAAGCUGCUGAAGCCAAGAAAGAGCGCAUCGCCAAGAAUGAAUUCCAAAGACUCAGGAACCUCGCACGUGCUAAGAAAACUGGCAUGCCUGGUGUAGGAGUCCUGCGCACCGACACACAUGACACCAACGAGCUGAAGAAAGCGAUGCAUUACUCGCUAGCAUCAACUGCGUCACUAGGCAAGUUCCAGCCCGCCCUCCGCGGCGAGGUACCGGUCAAGGGCUUCACGUACAACGCUGGCAAGUCCGUCGACAAGCCCUUCACCGGAGACGUCCGGGCUGAGAGCUCUAAUGCCAUGAAGAUCCUGGGCAGAAUUAACAGACCUGAGCUCUCCAAUGACCAGGAUGUCAUCAAGAAGAUGGAGAAGAAGAUCCUUGAUGAAGAAAUAGAGGAGCGGCGCGCGCUGAAACUCUCCGGCCGGCGCUCGAAGCGCGGUGGUCGCCUGGUGAGCAAGUCUGGCGCGGCGCUGGCGAGCCUCACUGAGGGACAGAUGGGUGACCGUACCUCACGCAAACGAUACCUCGAGAAGCAGAGGCAGCAGGCAGAGGAAGCCAAGACCAAGGGCAAGAAGAGUGGCGGCAAGGGCGGCAAGACGCCCAAGACAGGAAACAAGCGCAAGGACAAGAGUCUCUUCAUCGUCUCCAAGAAGCCCAUGCGCACCGCGUCCGGCAGAAUCAAGAAUGUCGUCAAGAAAAGGCAGCGUUAAUUGCGGGGGUGGUUUUGCUAUUAUGCGUUGUCUUCAUGUCCAGUGUAUUUCUACAAUAAAGUCAUGGCUGUCAGUACUUA